GUUCGUUCUUCACAGGUUUGACAAUGCGUCACUUCGUGCGCAUGCGCCAAUUUACAGGAAGCGUUAACGUUUUCUUUUACCAGCUGAUUUAGCCAAAUUGUCAACAGUCAAGCUUGCGACAGUUGCGCUGCUGAAACGACAGUAUAUACGAGAGAACGAGGAGCGAAGAGAGGUCGAGACACCGAUCGGCCAGACUUGACUACACUCUGGAAGUGACUGACAUCCCAGAAGCACCCAUCUCCACCCCAGGGAGGAGGCCCAGCCCCCCUGCCGUCUCUUACGCGGGCCGGUAUGAGCUCCAGAGGGAGUGGAGGCCGCUCCAACGGCACACUACCACAAACCAAGAUCUGCCAGUUUAAGCUGGUGCUGCUGGGUGACAUGGCUGUGGGCAAAUCCAGCCUGGUGCUGCGUUUCGUCAAGGGACAGUUUGAUGAGUUCCAGGAGACAACCAUAGGAGCUGCGUUCCUGGCUCAGUCGGUGUGUCUAGAUGACACCACAGUGAAGUUUGAGAUCUGGGACACGGCAGGACAAGAGCGAUACCACAGCCUGGCUCCGAUGUACUACCGUGGCGCUCAGGCUGCUAUCGUUGUCUUUGACAUCACCAAGCCGGAGACUUUUGAGAGAGCCAAGGCCUGGGUGAAGGAGCUGCAGAGGCAGGCCAGUCCGAACAUCGUUAUUGCCCUGGCCGGGAACAAGGCCGACCUGGCAGAGAGGAGACUAGUAGAGUAUGAAGAAGCCCAGACGUAUGCUGAAGACACUGGCUUGCUCUUUAUGGAGACUUCGGCUAAGACGGCCAUGAACGUCAAUGAGCUCUUCCUGGCCAUUGCAAAAAAGAUGCCAAAAACAGACACCCAAAACCCUACACAUGCAGCGCGGCAUCGGGGAGUCAACCUCCAGGACCCGGACGCCCACUCUACUCGAGCCUGCUGCGGUGGGAACUAGACCGCCACAGCACCCACCAGUACUCCACCAUCCACACCACCACAGCCCUUCAACCAUCCUGUCUCCUUCCACCAAGUUAAAAGGGGGGUGGGGCCUGACGCUGGGGAGCCCGGUGUCCACUCCCUCCCUCCCUCCCUCACCCUCCACUCAUCCUCCUGUCAAAGCAGACAGAAAUUUAAAAGGAGAAAAUAAAAAAGGGAAAGGAAGAGCAAACAGCGUUGGAGAAGAAAGACACCACGUUUCACACAUCUGUGUCUCUCGACCAACGACUGAGAUUCUGCGUUUUGGAAAGUACAAGAGGAAGAGGAGGUAGACUGAGAAUGAGAGGAGGAAAAUAAAAAAAA